AUGAGUCAAAUGCUGUUGUUGUGUCUGAAGAUCUCAAAGACCCGUGUCCUCAUUUUGUGUCCUCUAAAGCUCCUUCGUCACUCCCCGAGUCAGAGGGACACGCUUGCCUUUGCUGCGACCACGUCGGUUGUUUCAGGUGACAAGCGGGCGCGUCGCUCGGCUCCGAUGCCCGACAUCACCCACCUGGAACUGAUGGUGGUGGUGGGGCCAGAUGUCCAGCAGGUCCACAAACAGGACACUGAAAAAUAUGUCCUCACCAACCUCAACAUUGCCUCGGAGCUGUUGAGGGACAAAACCUUGGGGGCCAACAUGAGGGUGCAUCUGGUCCGCAUGAUCAUCUUGUCAGAACCAGAGCCAGAGAUCCAAAUGUCCACCAACAUCACCUCUUCUCUUACGAGUGUGUGUGACUGGGGCCGCAGGAUCAACCCCACCAAUGACACCGAUCCAUUACACGCCGACCUUCUGCUGUACAUCACAAGGUACGACCUGGUGUUGCCCAACGGGAACAAACUGGUGAGGGGCGUGACGCAUCUGGGCAGAGUUUGCUCCAGCGAGGAGAACUGUGUCAUCACGGAGGACACGGGCUUUGACCUCGGCAUCACCAUCGCUCACGAAAUCGGCCACAGUUUCGGGUUAAUCCACGACGGCGAGGCGAACACCUGCGGCAGGAGUGGCUUCAUCAUGGCCUCGGACGGCGGCUACAACAGUGUGGAUCUGACCUGGUCCCAGUGCAGCAGACAGGAGCUCGUCACGUUCUUCAGCGAAGGGAAGGCCGAAUGUGCGAAAGACCUUCCUGUACUGGGAGGCUCCCUGCAAGACUGGAAGCCAGGCCUGUACUACGGUAUUGACGACCAGUGCCGCAUCGCUUUUGGAAGCACCGCUAGAGCUUGCUCUUUCACCAACCCCGACAUGCCAGUGUGCCGCGUCCUCUCCUGUCACAUUAACCCUAAUGAUGACAGCACCUGCAAACGGCUCCUGGUCCCGCUGCUGGAUGGAACGGAGUGCGCGCCCAAUCAGUGGUGUCUGAAGGGGCGCUGCGUGUCCCCGGAGCAGCUCAGCUCCUCGGUGGUGGUGCACGGCUCUUGGUCCAGCUGGUCCGGGUUCUCCCCCUGCUCGCGGACGUGCGGCGGCGGGGUCAGCUACCGCACGAGACAAUGCAACAACCCAAGACCCGCUUUCGGAGGGAAGGAGUGUGAGGGUCGGGAUAUGGAGGCUGAACUUUGUCACCGGGAGCUAUGCGAGCGCACCCAGCUAGACUUCAUGGCGGAGCAGUGCUCCCAAACAGACCCCAAGCCACUCCACCUAUUGCCCAACAGUGCCUCGUUCUAUACCUGGAUCCCUGCCGUAGGUUUUGUCAGAGGGGACGAGCAAUGUAAAUACGUAUGCCAGUCAGACGGGGAAAACUUCAUCGUGAGCCGCGGCUCUCAGUUUGUGGACGGGACUCGGUGUGAGCCAGAUGGCCCGGCUACCCUGGGAUCCACAGCUGCCUGUCUGAGAGGCAAAUGCGAGCUGUUCGGGUGUGAUGGCGUGUUGCAUUCUGGCAAAGUAGAGGACGUCUGCGGAGUGUGUGGAGGAGAUGGCUCAUCCUGCACUUUAACCUCCAACUCCUACAGCGGCGGUCAGGCCAGAGAGUACAUCACCUUCCUCUCCCUGCCACUGAACGCCACGCAAGUGCGCGUUGUUAACAAUGCGCCCGUCUUCACACAUAUCGCUGUGAUGGUCGGGGAUCAGUACGUCGUGGCCGGGGAUGGCGACAUGGCGCUGAAUGUGACCCACCCCUCCCUGCUGGACGACGGCCGGCUGGAGUACCGUCUCUUCCUGAGCCCUGACUUUCUGCCCCGGAUGGAGGAGCUGCUGCUAGCCGGACCGGUGCAACGGGAGAUGCAUAUACAGGUUUAUCGUAAAUAUGGGAAAGAGUAUGGAGGGAAAACCGACCCCAACAUCAGCUACCAGUACUAUGUACCCGCCAGUGAUACUGACCUGACAGAAGCCGAACCCAGGAGUAAAUGGGUCGCCCUUGCAACACCCUGCUCCGUCACGUGUGGCCCAGGCGUACAGAAGCAUGUACACGUCUGUGUAGAUGAAGAGUCCCAUGACCACUUGGAGGAAAAGUACUGCGGUUCACCUCCUUCGUCUGUACCGCGGCAGACGACCUGCCAGCUCCCGGCCUGUCCCCCCAGGUGGCACGCGGGGGAUUUUGGACCAUGCGGUGCCUCCUGCGGCGGAGGAGAGAGAGCGCGUCCCGUGAGGUGCGUUCAGAGACGAGGAGCUGAGUUUGCUGAGGUUCCAGUAUCCGAAUGCCCGCCUGAUUCAGCCCCCGAAUCGGUGGAAAAGUGUAACCUUCAACACUGUCCUGCCAGAUGGCAGGUGUCUGAGCCGGGUGAAUGUUUAGCAGUGUGUGGGCCAGGAGAGGCGAAGCGCACGGUGUCAUGCAUCCGGCCCCAAGGCGGUCAGGAGGUUGAGGUGGAUCAGAGCUUCUGUUCAAAGGAAAUCAGACCCCCUGACUUUGUUCCUUGUGUGGUGGAUGUAUGUCCAAUUGGCUGGGAAUCUAAGGGACAGGAUCGACCCGUUCUUGGGUCAUCUGGUUUGAUGCGGCGCUAUAAACAGCUCCCUGUUUACGUCUGGAGUCCGCUUGUUAGCCAGUGUUCGAAGAGCUGUGGCAACGGAUCGCUGCAGGUCUGGUUUUCCUGUGUGGACCACCAGACUAAGCUCGGAGUGCCUGAUUUCCACUGUGAUGGCGCAAGCAAACCACAGCCUCACACGGAGGCCUGCAACACAUCUCCCUGCCCUCCCACAUGGCGGUCUAAGCAAGGAGUCUGCAGCGUGACAUGUGGCGGGGGGGUGGCUAACAGAGUGCUGUACUGCGCUCGAGAGGUGGAAGAGGAAGAGGUGGUGGUGGAGGAUGCAGAGUGCAAUGCCUUCCCAAAACCCACAGCUGUGGUCACGUGUAACACCAACAGCUGCCCAGCAAGGUGGAAGGUUUUGAGAACAUCGCCCUGCUCGGUGUCCUGUGACCUGGGGGUAGCCCAGAGGACAGUGUCCUGCGUCCAAUUCAUCCAUGGCAAGGAAUGUGUGGUGCCUGAGGUAAAAUGCCAUACAGCCACCAAACCCACCACCACCGUGCCCUGCCUGGUCCAGGUCUGCACCUUCAGAUGGGAGGUGAAAGAGUGGAGCCAGUGUUCGGUGUCCUGCGGCUAUGGGAUCCAGUCCCGACCUGUGUCCUGCAGGGGGCCCUCUAAUCCCGAGCCUCUCAGCCCACUGCUCUGCAUGCACAUGCCCAAGCCCAUCACCAUUAAAGGCUGCUACACGGGCGGCUGCAGAGACACGCAGCCCACCCUAGCCCACGCCCUUCCGCCGGACACCGCAGUGGAGGCCACUCGCAACAAACAGGACCCCCUCAUGCCCCCCACCCUGAACCGGACAGAGACGCCAACGUACCGCACAUCCGCGCUGCCCCCUGCUCCGACAGAACCCAUCCAGACCUCACAGACGUCCACAUCCGUACCCACCUCGCCCCCUAAAACCAGCGUGUGUGGGCAGCUUCUGCUGGACGAGCGGGGCGUUGUGGACUUGAGAAACGUGGCUAGCCGCUGCACCGUGUCCAUAGGCCGACCCCUGAACGAGGUCAUACACGUCACGGUGAAGUCCAGUUCCUUGGACUGUAGAACAAGGGAGAACGUGGCGUUCUUCGACCGGCUGGUGUUCCUGAGGAAGUGCGAGCAGGCGGAAGGGACCGAGUUCACCAGCAGGACCAACGUCCUGUUGGUGCGUCAGGGUCUCCUGACCCCCGGGAACGGGGUUCUGCUCACGUACCAUUCCCAGGAGAACAACAAGAAGAGUCAUCAGGAUUGUGACGUCCAGCUGUUCUCGCCCAGCGGUGUCUUCGAGAACCCUACAACGCCGAGCAACAACCACACCUGUCGAGUCCUCAUCAAUGCGCCGCCCUCGGUGAAGAUCAGAAUCCAGGCACUGCACAUAGGACUCGUGUUCAACACCACCAACAGCCGGACCACCUACAUCAUGAUCCGGGACAUGGAUGUCUUAAAGACCAACGUGUUUAAAGGCCAGCAGCUUUUUCUCUGGAAGUCAUCUGGAAACAUGGCCGAGAUAGAGUUCCACGGGGACUACCUGCAAUCCAAAGGCAGCUUCAGAGCGGAGUAUUCCUUCGUGGGGACUCAGUAGUCUAAAGGAGUUCGUAUACAUGCUUACUACACAUAUUGUAAGUUCUGCAACAUGCAAUAUAUUAAAUAU